ACAAAUAUCUAUUUAUAUGUCCCAUAGGCAACAAAAUAUUCAGACAGAAACAAAACACAAAAAAAAAAUAAAAAAAAAUAAUAUGAAGAUUUUCUCUUUAAUUUUCCUCUUAGUCUUCGUUUCUCAUUCUCUCGCUGCAUCAGACACAACAGUCUACCAAAAUUUUCUCGAUUGUUUCGCCAAACAGACAAAGACAUCACCAGACAAGCUAUCCGACGUCGUUUUACCUCAGUCAAACGCCGCGUUCACGCCCGUCCUGCGCGCUUACAUCCGAAACGCGCGUUUCAACACCUCCGCGACCCCCAAGCCCGCGAUCAUAAUCGCGGCGCGUUCCGAAACGCACGUUCAGGCCGCGGUCGUCUGCACCAAAUCACUGAACUUCCAGCUCAAGAUCCGAAGCGGCGGUCACGACUACGAGGGCAUCUCCUACGUCUCCGCUGUGCCCUUCUUCGUCCUCGACCUCUCCAACCUCCGCACAAUCACCGUCGACGCGGCGGGUCCCGGUGGUGCCGCAUCAGCCUGGAUCGAGGCCGGAGCCACGCUCGGCGAGCUCUAUUAUCGGAUCUGGGAGAAGAGCAAGGUCCAUGGGUUUCCCGCGGGAAUUUGCCCCACCGUCGGAGCCGGAGGACACAUCUCCGGCGCUGGGUAUGGCAACAUGGUCAGGAAGCACGGUCUCUCCGUCGAUUACGUCACCGACGCCAAAAUCGUCGAUGUCAACGGCCGGAUUCUAGAUAGGAAAUCCAUGGGCGAGGAUCUGUUCUGGGCGAUUCGCGGCGGCGGAGGAGGAAGCUUCGGCGUGAUCGUCGCCUUCAAGGUGAAUCUCGUGCCGGUUCCUGAAAUCGUCACCGUCUUCAGGAUCCCGAGGUAUCUGGACGAAAACGCUCUCGAUCUGGUCCAUAAAUGGCAGUCCGUGGCUCCGAAGACGGACCCGAAUCUCUGGAUGAGGCUGUUAUUACAGACAGUGACGAAGAACAAGGCUCAAACGGUGAAGGCAACGGUAAUGGCGUUGUACCUCGGCAGAGCAAAGGACGUCGUAUCUCUGUUGGCUAAAGACUUUCCGGAGCUUGGUCUGAAGGCCGAGAACUGUACGGAACUCAGCUGGAUACAGUCCGCAGUCUGGUGGGAUAACCACGAGGACGCGGCCACCAUCAAUCCCGAGAUCUUGCUCGAACGGGAGCCCGAUACAGCCAGUUUCGGGAAGAGGAAAUCGGAUUACGUGGAGACAGAGAUCCCGAAAGAGGGUUUGGACUACUUGUUCAAGAAGAUGGUGGAAGUGGGGAAAGUAGGGUUAGUGUUCAAUCCGUACGGAGGGAAGAUGAGCGAGGUCCCGACCACCGAAACGCCAUUCCCGCACCGGAAGAAGCUUUUCAAGAUCCAACACUCGAUGAACUGGAAAGAUGCAGGGACCGUGGCCGAGAACGACUUCUUGAACAAGUCGAGGACCUUCUACGGUUUCAUGGCUCCAUUCGUGAGCAAGAACCCUAGAUUGUCGUAUCUGAAUUACAGAGAUCUCGAUAUCGGGAUUAAUGAUCAUGGAAGAGAUAGUUACAAACAGGGAGAGGUUUACGGGAGAAAGUAUUUCGCAGAGAACUUCGAUCGGUUGGUGAAGGUGAAAACGGCCGUGGAUCCUCAGAACUUCUUCAGGAACGAGCAGAGUAUACCUACCUUGCCUAACAAGGCAUUGAAAUUUUAGGGUUAUAUACAUACGUGUAUACACCCUAUAUUGCAUUUCCCUGUAAUGUUUUUUAUAUGUUCCCAACUGGUAAUAAGAAAGGUGAUAUGGUUUUCCAAUGUCCUUAUUCCCCAUUUUCAUUUUUAUAACCCAACAAAUAAAAGCAAAAACAACAAAAGAUUAAUAAAAAUGACGAUUUUCUUCUG